AUGAGGGAGCUGGACGACAUUUUUUCGCCGCUCUCGCAGAGUGCUACGGCCAGCAAACACUCGAAGCGCAAGCGUCUUGAAGCUGAGGGAGGUGCAUCGAAGAAGAAAAGUGGUGCUGUUACCUCCUCCUCUGCCGUAUCGACGGAUGCAAGCGCAACGCACACGACGUCUAGCUCCAAGAAGGCCAAGUCGCGCACGUCCAACGAGGGGACUAGCUCGAGUACAUCGAAGAAGAAGGAUGUGCCUGUGGUCGUGCAUGACAUGUCCAAGGCGUCUUCGAUGCCCAAGCAGGCGCCUCGGCCUCGUGAUGACGACGAUGCGGCCUUUGCAGAUACUCGCGGGACAGAACGCAAACGUACCGAAGAAGGCUUCCGCAUAUUCACAGAAGAGGAACUUAAGCUCAACCAAGGCGGAGGCACACCGCUUUGUCCUUUUGACUGUGAUUGCUGCUACUGA